UACAGAGACGCACUGUACACAGAUCGAAGAUCGAACUUCACCACUGCCAUGGCACAAUUUAAACCUCUAAAUUUAACUGGCAGAUUUGCUUUAACCUUUAAGAAGAAGAUAGAGAAACCAAGUUUCCUUAUCAAGUAUGGAGAUAAAAAGGGACCUAUAAGAGAGGAAGUGGAUCUCAGGUGUGAAACUUUAGAUCAACAUUAUAACAGCUCCAAGCCUGUUGACUUUGUGAAAGGUGAACAUGGAGAUAUUAUCAUCGAACGUUCAUCAGGUAACUUUUGUUCACAACACAGGUGGGCCAAACUCUCGUUACGAGGAAAGGGUGUAAAGUAGUGUACUUGCCAUAGGUGACGCGUGAACUUUUUGCUGGACGCGCCGGUGUCGCUUUACAGGCGAUCGUUGAAAAUAAGAGGCUUUGUAUGAAAUAUACCAUACUAAGAUCUGCGAGUGGUAACGCUGAAUCUUAACUUUUUUUCAAGGAAUGAAUAAAAACGACAAUGUUUUGGUGUUUGUUCGUUGUUUCAAUGGAUUUUUAGGUUGAAUUGCGUAGUAACUCCCUUCAUUUUAUAGUUUUUUUCCACCUGAUUAAGCAGAUUAUAAUUAGGUCGCAGUAGCGACAUUAGCUAAUCCGUCAACUUAGCAUCUGAUCUGACGGGUCGGGCUGAGUCUCUUCAAACCCAGGGUAAGCCGAAAGAACUCGAAGUAAUCUCGAGAUAUCACGGUGAAAUUUCGGUCUCUCUUCGUGAAAUAACCGAAACAAGUCGAAAAGUCACGGAAUCUUGUUCGGAAAAAAGCAGCUUUGAAGCCAAUCUCAUGGCUUCUUUUGGCCGUCGCGAAUCCUUUACUUGGCGCACAGCCCAUUCAGUAAAUAUGCCGUAUAUUAAAAUUAAAGUAGCGAGGCCCAUAUACAAUAAAACAUCUGUGUUACUAACUCUAAGUUUUCGCCUUUUUCUUCCCCCGGCUAGGUUUGAGCUUUUUUUCAAGCAUCAAAAAGAUGCCUAAAUCUUUUCGAGUAACUGGAAGACUUUGGAGGUUAAAAUGCGAUUCUCCAUUUCCUGACGAGCUACAAAUCACUUACGAUCAGAAACUUCACGGAACAAUAUUGCCAAGUAGUGAACAAAACUUCAAGGAGGAGCAACUUAAAGAGGUGAAUGCU